CCCAAAAUCCCACAUCCUCCAAUAAUGCUUUCUUUCCCCACAAAUCCCCCCUUCUUCGACUACCAAUCAUCUAAUCUCCGAAACCCAAAACCCAAUUCGCCAAACAAUCACCAACCGGACAUGCCAUGGAAGAAGAGACAGAACAUUCUAGUAACGAUCUUCCCAGAAACAUUCUGUUCGGAAAGUACGAGAUGGGGAGGCUCCUAGGCCAAGGCACUUUUGCAAAAGUCUACCACGCAAGGAAUCUCGUCACCGGCGAGAGCGUGGCGAUAAAGGUCAUAAACAAGAAGCAAGUCAAGCGUGACGGCCUCGUUAUGGAGCAGAUAAAGCGCGAGAUCUCCAUCAUGCGACUCGUCCGACAUCCAAACAUCGUGGAGCUCAAAGAAGUCAUGGCCACCAAAACAAAAAUCUUCUUCGUCAUGGAGUGCGUCAAAGGCGGCGAAUUGUUCGCCAAGGUCUCCAAAGGAAGGCUCAAGGAGGAUCUGGCGAGGAAGUACUUUCAGCAGCUGAUCAGCGCCGUCGACUUCUGCCAUAGCCGAGGAGUUUCUCACCGCGAUUUGAAGCCAGAGAAUCUUCUGUUGGAUGAGACUAAUGGGGAUUUGAAGGCCUCGGAUUUUGGUCUCUCGGCUCUGCCGGAGCAGCUCCGGAACGACGGGUUGCUCCAUACCCAGUGUGGUACCCCGGCUUACGUGGCGCCAGAGAUUCUGAGGAAGAAGGGAUACGACGGGGCUAAGGCGGAUAUUUGGUCCUGUGGCGUCGUUUUGUUUGUUUUGCUUGCCGGGUACUUGCCGUUUCGGGAGGAAAAUGUCGUGAAGAUGUAUAGGAAGGUUUUCAAGGCGGAGUACGAGUUUCCGAGAUGGUUUUCGGAGGAUUCGAAGAGGCUGAUAUCGAGGCUGUUGGUUUCCGAUCCGGAGAAGAGGAUUUCGAUAGCGGAGAUCAUGGAAACCCCUUGGUUUCAGAAAGGGUUCACUAGGCCUGUCGCGUUUUCGAUACAAGAAGAAGGCGGAAACGGAGAAUUGUUGUCGUUGUCAUCGCCACCGUCGUCGUCGCCGCCGUUUUACAACGCGUUCGAGUUCAUCUCGUCGAUGUCGUCGGGUUUCGACAUUUCGAGCCUGUUCGAGAGCAAGAGGAAGUCGGCUUCGACGUUCACGUCCAAGUGCUCGGCGGCGGCGAUCAUGGCGAAGCUCCGAUCGGUGGCGAGGAAAUUGAAUUUCGGGUUUGUGUUGGAGAAGGAGUUUAAGGUGAGGAUGCAGGGGAAGGAGGAGGGAAGGAAAGGGAAGCUCGCCGUCACGGUGGAGGUGUUUGAGGUGGCGCCAGAGGUGGCGGUGGUCGGGUUCUCGAAGGCGGCCGGCGACACGCUUGAGUACACCAAGUUAUGUGAGGAGGAAGUGAGGCCUGCCCUCAAGGACAUUGUUUGGAGUUGGCAAGGUGAGAGUAACUGUCACCAACUGUAGAAAAGAAAGGCGUCAAAAUAAUCUAAAUGAGUCACCGAACGCUCGAACUUUUUAACUACAGAUCUCUGUAAUUAGUUUCGGUUAGGCUUAAAUUGAAUUUGCUCAAAUGUUUAGUGGUUUUGGAUUGUUAGCAUUGCAAAUUUUUUGGCGCGUGGGAUUUGUAAAUAAUUAAUGAUCGUGUAAUGAGUGUUAAUUAAGUUAAAUAGGGAGGAUUGGGAAAUUGGGACGUGGGUUUGUUUUUUUGUACCCUGUUUUUCCUAUGGGCGUGAAAAGUUGUGUGGUGGGAAUGGUUGUAUAAGGGCUAAAGCAAAUUAGCGAUGUGGGGACUUGACAUUGGAGCCGACAAUCAACUGACUACCCAAUCUGUUUGUUCCUUGUUAUGAGCUGCAACACUGACACGUUUAGAUUCCAUUUGGCACACGCAAAGUUGCUUUUACCUUAAAAGUUUGAACUUGACGUCAAUUGGCC